AUUAAUCACUAGAUCACUUUUCAAGUCAACAGUUUUCAAUUCCAUCCACUAGCAGAUAAGGACGUGUUUGAACAGCGCAAUGUUUUCUAAAAUUGUGUUUUAUUUUGUCUUCACAUUGAUAGUGGAAAUUGGAGCUCAAGCCGGCGGGAUGGGUGGCAUGGUCAUAGACUACGCGAGUGCUUUCGACCACGAUCUUUAUGAUGGAGUUAUUGACGAGGAUAAGUGCAACGAACAGUUAGAAUUUUUGUUGAAUAGUUCCAGUGUUUCUAUGCUUUUUCAAGAUGCAAGUGGUAAAAUCCCAACAGGAUUCCUUUCGGGGAAUCUAGCAGACUUAGGAGACUAUCACCAAUGCUUGGGCAUAAAACAUGUGACCAGAGAUAUGGAUAUAGAAGGCAAAUACUGUAUGAUGCAGUAUCCUCUCAAGCAGAACCAAGAAAAUGAUACAGAAUCUUCAGAAACAGAGACUGAUCUACCAAACAUAGUCCUUCCAAACAUUACUGAUAUUUUUCCGCAAUUAAGUAAUACUACUCUCGAAGAUAUACAACAAUAUAGAAUGGUGCAAAGAUAUGCUCAAAUGAUUUCCGGUCAGCCUGUUGUAUCUCGGGUGAUCCCGGUCACUUUCGCAACAGCUUUGAACAUGACCAUAGGAACUUGUGUACCCAAAGUAUGCAGACCCAAGCAAGCCAUCCAGUUCUUUCAACGACGGUACUUAUGGAACACUAACUUGCGGGAUGCCAACGUGACUGGUGAAGAGCUCUUCUGUCGGCUGCCGAACGACAAACCGUUCAGCAUAGCUGACUAUUUAGCGGUAGCAAUUUUCACCCUUAUCGGCGCAAUCACAGUAUUGAGUACUUCAUACGAUUUAUAUGAGAUAAAUGUAUUAAAGAAGAAAAGCUCCGAAAUAAACCCUAUGUACAGAUGUUUCUCCGUAUACACGAACACGAAAAGAUUCCUCACAUUCAACAAAGUCCCCGGCGCUUUGGAAUGCGUGGACGGAAUCCGGGCUAUUUCUAUGUUAUGGGUCAUAUUUGGUCACACCUACUGCCUCACAAUGCUUACUUUUAUACAGAAUGUUAAAGCUAUUAAAGAGUGGCUAACUUCUUUUACCAGCGUGUGGGUGAACUCUGCUCCUAUAACAGUGGACACAUUUUUCCUUCUCAGCGGAAUUCUAUGCGUCUAUACUGUUGUUGGGAAAAUUAGCCGAUGGCGUUUCAUAACAUCCGUGCACAUGUUCUACCUUUACCGAAUUCUCCGAAUACUUCCUUUGCUGGCUACCGCAAUACUGCUACAAGCUUCCCUGUUCCACCGGAUGUCGGACGGCCCGAUGUGGGUGAACAUGGGCCACAUGGCGCUCAUGUGCAGGAAGCGUUGGUGGUCCGCGUUGUUGCAUGUGCAGAAUUACGUCAAGCCUAGCGGUAUUUGUCUCUACCAAACUUGGUACUUAUCAGUGGAUCUGCAGCUGUAUCUCUUCAGUCCUGUGGUACUCGUAUGGCUGUUUGGGAGCCCGGCUGUAGCGUGGUGUGUUCUUUUUACUGUAGUACUGGUGGCUUUUGUACUAUCCACUACAUUCAGCUUCUUAUACAAUUAUUCUGCAGCUUUAGCUAAUCCCGGCCGCAUGGAUCAGUUCGGUGACUAUUUUAUUGACUAUUACAUAAACACUUUAACUCGAGCGCCACCUUUCUUUAUUGGGAUGAUGUACGGAUAUUUGCUGCUGCGGUGUAAAGGAAAGAAGAUUCGCAUAAAAAAGAUACUAGUAUGGAUAACAUGGAUAUUCGCCUUUCUCCUGAUGGCGUUCUGCAUAUUCUCCACGUACCCGGUCAUGCAGGAGGAUUUCCACUUGCAGAUGUUUGACAACUUCCUCAACGCUUACAUGAGGGGAAUCUGGGCUAUUGCUGUGGGCUGGUUGAUAUUCGCUUCUGUUCAUGGAUAUGGAGGUCCAAUUAACUGGUUUCUUUCGCUACAAAUGUGGAAGCUGCCGGCGCGGCUUUCCUACGCCAUGUACCUGACGCACUACCCCAUAAUGAUGGUCGCCAACGGCAGCAUGGUCAGCACCUACUUUUUCACCGAUGGCAACACGAUAUACAGAGCUAUGGGAGAUCUAGCGUUCACAACGGUAGCUGCGUUUGUGUUGUCGAUAACAAUAGAUGCGCCAUUUUCUACUAUUCAGAAGUUACUUCUGGGGGAAGGAGGCAAGAAGAAACCUCAGAAAAAUGCAAAAGUGGAAUCUCAAAACGACAAAAUUGAAGAUAACGCUACAGAUGAAAAAAGUACUUUAUAGGGUAUCAGUUAAGUUUGUGAUGAAAUGUAAAGCUCCUUUCUAUUUUUUUAUUUAUUUAUUAAAAGAAUACCAACAGUUUGUA